CGCGCACGACACGAGUGGAAGAAAGGCGUUGCUUGCACGUUGGGGAAUUGAAAAGGGGUCUUUAUCAAUCAUCAAGAUUUCGCCCAAAAGUAGACAGGAGGAUCGCCCUGCGCUGACGCGCCUGGUCGGCAGGAAGCGCCUCAUCGCCGCCGGGGUGCUGGGAGUCGUCAUGGUGCUCGUGCUGGUCAUCCUCAUUCCGGUGCUGGUCAGCUCUGCCGGAACGUCCGCGCGCUACGAGAUGCUGGGCACCUGCAGAAUGGUGUGCGAUCCCUACGGGACCAAGUCCCCAGCAACGGCCGCAGCGGACACAGUGCGAGACAACAGCCUCAUGCAGUCCCUGCCGACCUUCAUUCAGGGUCCAAAGGGAGAGCCGGGGAGGUCCGGGAAGGUCGGUCCGAGGGGACCCCCUGGAGAGCCGGGACCGCCUGGUCCCCCCGGACCGCCUGGGGAGAAAGGAGACCCCGGACGCCCUGGAUUACCAGGACCCCCUGGGCUGAAUGCGGCGACGGGCGCCAUCAGUGCAGCCACUUACAACACGGUGCCCAAAAUCGCGUUUUACGCCGGUCUGAAGAAGCAGCACGAAGGCUACGAAGUUCUGAAAUUCGACGACGUUGUGACAAACCUCGGCAACCAUUACGACCCCACUACAGGGAAGUUCACCUGCUCCAUCCCGGGGAUUUACUUCUUCAUAUACCACGUGCUAAUGCGCGGUGGAGACGGAACGAGCAUGUGGGCUGACCUCUGUAAAAACAACCAGGUGCGCGCAAGUGCUAUUGCUCAGGAUGCUGACCAGAACUACGACUAUGCCAGCAACAGUGUCGUCCUCCAUCUGGAGCCCGGUGAUGAGAUAUACGUUAAACUGGAUGGAGGGAAGGCACAUGGUGGGAACAAUAACAAAUACAGCACUUUCUCUGGGUUUAUCAUCUAUGCUGACUAGUGGGGUAUCCCACAGCACGCCACAUAAGCCGUUCAUCCCAAUCUGACCAACUCCCAGUCUAAAUCCUUUUUUCACACCCUUCCUCUUCACUUUUCUUGUGCCCGUUUUCCCGCAGAGGGAUAUUUGUUUUGAGGUAAAAUCAUGAAAGGAAAUACCCAGAAUUGGGCUGGCCUCUUGGCUGAACAUAUGAAAAUCAAGGCACACUCAAAAUGGAAAUUGUUUAAAAAAAUCAACCAUGAAGUGAGUCAAAAAGAUGAGUUGAGUCUGCAACCAAAGCUGUUAAUUAUACAAUUAUACUUUGUGUAAAAUCAAAACCUACAUGUUUGUUACUUUUGUAAGAUAUAAUCGGAGUGCAAUAAUCACAGUGAUGAUGAAGACCAAGAUCUCCCAACAUCCCUUUUUUCCCCUCCCAUUUUGACUAAAUGCAGUUUCUGCACAGGAAGCCACUUACAGUGCUCUAGUGCAGCAUGAUGUGGAAGGGAGAGCAUAAAAUUGACGUGUGAUGCUGCAAAUUACGAAGAAGUGCAAUAUAAAUAUACAUAUACUACUGCCAG